AUGAUACUCUUUGUGAUUUCCAUCGCCAUUGUCAUUGCUUCGGCCGUUUGGGUCUUCUACAAUCGGGGCCAUGCCAUCGUCAUCAAUGCCCAGCCAGGGUUCCUAUAUACGAUUUGCUUUGCGGCCGCAUUAAGUAGUACAUCCAUCGUCCUGGCUGGGUUCGACGAGAGUUGGGGCUUUGAGCAAGAGGAUCUCGACUUGUCAUGUUAUAGCUGGAUGUGGUGUGAUGCCCUGGCGAACACUCUCAUCUAUGGAGCUCUUUUCACAAAGCUUUGGAGAGCCAAACAGGUUUUCAACAACAAGAACACAGUCAGUCUAUGGCGACUGUUGUUGCCUGGUGCAUUGAUGCUGCUCGUUGUCAUUGCCGUUUUGAUUGCGAUGAAACUUCACGGUAGCAUUAGAUGGACCCGAUUGAUCAUAGACGACGCGUCGGAAGAGAGUGUUGGUAUCUGUUCAGGGCGAUCGUCAUACCAUUAUCUUGUGCUCCUCAACUGCAUCUACCUUAUUCAAGCUGCAAAGACGGGAUUCAUGGCAUGGAGAACUAAACCAUCUCUCUCGGAAUCCAAAUGGGUCUUGGCAUUUCUCCUUGUGCAAUCGCAGGUAAUUCUGGUGGGUGCUCCGAUUAUCGUGUUGCUCAACAAGAUCAAUUCGAGCGCUCGGUCCAUUGGAUUUGCACUUCUAGCGUUUUCAUUCCCCGUUAGCGUUUGCGGUCUCAUCAUCUUUCCAAAAGUGCUUGCCGUGACUCGAAUGAGACGGUCCGUGGAUGCCACAUCUCGUCGAGGAUCGAAUGUGGCCCUGUCGGAAGGCGACAUGGGAUCAAGUGCUCGUGUCGAUGAUCCGUUGGCUGUUCGAAACGAGUGCACAGCGAGGAAUGCCAGAAGUCUGGCCGAUUCUCGGGUUCAGAUGGUUACCAUUGACGACUAG